AUGAUUAACAAGAAGGGAGUCACUCAGACAGUCAAAAGGAAAAAUAAGGAAGAUGAGGAUUAUUCCCCUGCAGGUGAAAGAGGUUAUUCAAAAAAAGUGAAACUAACCAGUGCUAAAACAGAAUCUUGGCAGACUCUCUCAGAGAGCAGCAGGAAGUUUCUGGAAACUGUAAUGGACUCGGGAAUACUGAUGCUGGGACUUUUCAAGACCUUAAAGGUGCCUCCAGGGAAGCUGGGUGACCUGAAGAAUGUCCUGAGCCUUCACUUGGCAGAGAAACAAAUGCUUGAGACAAACGAAAAGACUUUGAUACAACUGCAGGAAGAAAUAACUGAAGCCGAGCAAUCAGCAGAACACAUGGAAGAAACUAUAAUGAGACUGCAGAACAAAAUCCAGGCGCUCAAGAAACAGUUAGAGGAAGAUGAAAAAAAGGCCCAGAAGGUGUUCCAGGAAGGUGGCACUGGGGCACUCCACCUUCCAGAACUCCCCAAGCGCAGUUUACAGGCACCCACUUUGCAGGAAGAAGUUUUGAAGAUAAAAAAUCAGAAGGGUCUUUUAAAGGAUAUGAAUACUAUUCAGCAGUCAGCUGAUAUGAAGAACAUGUUAACCCUCAUUGAAAAGAUAUAUGAGAAGGUGGACUUCCUUUGA